AUGACGGAACACCCGCAUAUAGAGGAUGUUUUAUUUGAAUCACUUUUAACCUACGAAACAUUUGAGGGGUACGAGGAUCCUGAAAAAUUCCAAGAGUAUAUUCCAAAAUUGGAAAAGUACAAGAAAGCAUUGCAAGAUGCAAUCUUGGAUGAAUACAAGGUUCAAUUAUCAAAACCCAUUGACGACUUGGUUGGUGAACAACUUGACGCCGUUGAUUAUUUGUACAAAGCCAAGUUACUCACUCCUGAGGAAUUUGAAAUAACUGAUUCAUCAACCACCGAUAUUGUAAAGAAUAUUGGAGAUGGGAAAUGGACAGCAGUACAAGUUCUCAAAGCAUUUGCACAUAGAGGAACCAUAGCCCAACAAUUCACAAACUGUGCACAUCAAUUGUUUGUCGAUGAAGGGUUGAAACAUGCUCAAAAAUUGGAUGAUUACCAGAAAAAGACUGGAAAGCUUAUUGGUCCAUUGCAUGGGGUUCCUAUAUCGUUGAAAGAGCAAUCAGGGUACAAGGAUAAAAUCACACAUGCGGGGUAUGUGGGAUUGAUCGAUAACAUUCCAUCAAAGCAUGCUGCCACCACCCAGAUCCUUUCAGACUUGGGGGCCGUGUUUUAUGUCAGAACCACGCAACCACAAACCCUUAUGCAUUUGUGUUCAGGAAACAAUUUUUCAGAAAAGACUAAGUGCCCUUUCAAUAUUGCGUUGUCAAGUGGUGGUUCUUCGUCUGGAGAAGGUGCAAUAGUUUCUUUUGGUGGUUCUGCCAUUGGUAUUGGAUCAGACAUUGGGGGAUCUGUAAGAUCACCCGCUGCAUUUUCUGGGUGCCAUGGAUUGAGACCAACAACAAGGAGAUUGUCAACAUUAGGUGGUGUUUCAUCAGGAGGUGGUCAAGAAUCAGUUCCUGCAGUGUACGGUCCAUUGACUAGAACUAUUGGUGAUAUCGACUACAUGAUGAAGACGUAUUUAAAUCAAGGACGGCCAUGGGACAAAGAUGCGUGGUGCUUGUACAUGCCAUGGAGAGAGGUUUCCAAGCCUAAUGCCAAGGACUUGACAAUAGCUGUUAUUAGAGACGAUGGGUUGGUUAGACCAUCGCCUCCGAUCAGACGUGGUGUUGACACUGUUGUGAACAAGUUGAAAGAAGCAGGUGUCAAUGUUGUAGAAUUUAUUCCACCAAAUACUGAAUUGGCGUAUGAAACCAUCAACAAGAUGUACUGCUGCGACGGUAAUGAAAAGCAGCGCGAGUUAUUGGCAAAGAGCGGUGAACCCUUGCAGAAACUCACCAAGUGGAGCUUAAACUACGGGGAAGGUGCCAAAAAUUACACAAUACAAGAAAAUCGUAAAUUGAAUAUGAUCAGAGAUGCGUUGAGGAACGAGUACAAUGAUUUCAUGGUGCAGAACAAGGUUGAUUUCAUCUUGUCCCCUACGUACAACAAUGUUGCACCUCGUCCAGGCCGUAUCUAUAACUGGUCGUACACUACUUUAUUUAAUAUCUUGGACUUUCCAACCUUGGCCUUCCAAACUGGAUUGAAACAGGACCCAGAAAUAGAUGUGUGGACCGAGGAGGACAAAAAGUAUAUCUAUAGAUCUAAAUUGGAAAAGUUGGAGAACGAGAAUUAUAAGCCAGAGGAAUUCAAACAUGCUCCAAUUGCCUUGCAAUUGAGUGGAAGAAGAUAUCGUGACGAGGAAGUUGUAGCUGCUGGUAAACUCAUUGUUGAUGAUGUCUUGAAGGUCAACUUGUUGCAUUAG